AUGCACAUGGCUUCACGAGAACUGCUCGUUGGCCGCGACGUCGGCUUCAAUUCAAGCGCAAUUGAAGACAUUAUAUUGAAACUGGGAGAUGCCUAUAAAAUACGCAUAGUUUGGAACAAGAAUGCUGUGAUAGUGACCACAUUGUCUGCGGUCGCUGGAGGGCUCGUCGGUGGUUAUGCUGGGGGCAGAUUGGGGGCAGCGAUUGGUGCAGGUGUUGCAGGAGUCACUGGUUAUGGAGUCUACACAUAUGUCUCCUUGAGAGAGAUCUGGGAGACUAUAAAGCAGAAACUAAUGGAGUUACUCUACAUCGUGUACAAUUAUCUGCGGCGUUUGGAUGUUAACGAUUAUCGUAGAGCCUACGACGUAUUGAUGGCCUCCAGCAAACGGGAACUAGUCUUCAUAAUACUUGAAUUUAUCACACAGAAGUUGGACCUCCAGGUGGUGUCAAGAUUAACUGCGGCAUAA